AUGGCUGCCCCUGCCCCUGCUCCUCCUCAACGCAACAACGUCAUCAUUCCGAUGACAAUGACGGGUGACGUGGCGGCCGACUUGGAGGAAAUCAUGGUCCGGUUCGCCGUCAUGGACAGCAUAUGUGAGCAUUUACGGUACGACCCUUCCUUCAUGGACCCGGGUCACUCCGGCGACACAUUUGACAAUGUCGAUGCCUUGCUUGACGCACUGGAGGUAGACUUUCGCAACUUUCGUGUCCACUACCGUCGAACCAUGCCGGAUGAACUGCGACCGUUGGUGGCCCUUCUCCGUCCGAAGCCGGCAAGUCUCCGGACGCAAAUCGCAGAAAGAAGAGAAGAUAUCCAUGAAGCUUCGAGCCUCGCCUGGGAGCAGUUUUGGUAUGACAUGGUGAAUGCGGAUAGUGAUGAAGAAGAUGAAGAAUGA